AUGGGACCCAAGAAAGGAGACAGAAAAGGAAAUAAAUACUCCGUCCUCCUCCCCACCUACAAUGAACGAAGGAAUCUCCCCAUCAUUAUCUGGCUCCUGAACAAGACGUUCACAGAACAGGACAUUGACUGGGAAGUCGUUAUCGUCGACGACGGUUCUCCUGAUGGCACCCAAGAUAUCGCGAAACAAUUACAGAAAGUCUACCCAGGACGAAUCCUCUUGAAACCACGUGCCGGCAAGCUUGGUUUGGGAACCGCAUAUGUCCAUGGUCUCCAAUUUGCUACCGGCAACUUUGUCAUAAUCAUGGAUGCCGACUUCAGCCACCACCCGAAAUUCAUUCCGGAGAUGAUCAGACUUCAAAAGCGAGGGGGCUAUGACAUCGUCACUGGAACACGGUACGCUGGCGAUGGAGGAGUCUACGGCUGGGAUUUGAAGAGGAAGUUUGUCAGCAGAGGCGCGAACCUUUUCGCCGAUACCGUCCUUCGACCUGGCGUUAGCGACCUGACUGGUAGCUUUAGGCUAUACAAGAAGCCGGUCUUGGACAAAGUCAUCAAGAGCACAGAGAGCAAGGGAUACACUUUCCAGAUGGAGUUGAUGGUCCGAGCAAAAGCAAUGGGUUUCAAAGUGGCAGAGGUUCCGAUAUCUUUCGUCGACCGCGUGUACGGCGAGAGCAAGCUAGGUGGGGAUGAAAUCGUGGAAUAUGCCAAAGGGGUCUUGAAUCUUUGGUUGAAGGUGUAA